UGGGCACCUUCUUCCCACCGCGGUGAGGCUGGACGGAUAAACUCACCAUGGCGCUGGAAGCGGAGGGGAACAAGCUGCAGCUGCAGGACGUGCUGGCGAGACCGGGCAACGACAAGUGCGCGGACUGCGGCAAUCCAGAACCAGACUGGGCGUCGCUGACUUUGGGUGUGUUUGUUUGCCAGGCCUGCUCGCUCCUUCACCGGAGCAUCCCACACAUCAGCCGGGUCAAGUCUGUCCAGGACACAUGGGAUGCCAGUGAGGUGGAGUUAAUGGCUGCAAUGGGAAACGGUGCAGCCAAGGCCAAAUAUGAGCAGAAGGUUCCGGCUUUCUACUAUAGACCAACACACACUGACUGCAAACUGCUGAGAGAGCAGUGGAUCAGAGCCAAGUACGAAAGGAACGAGUUUGAAUUUAUCGAGAAGCAAGAGCCAUACUCUGCAGGGUACCGAGAGGGGUUUCUAUGGAAACGAGGAAGAGACAACGGUCAGUUUCUCAGCAGAAAGUUCGUCCUGUCAGAGAGGGAGGGAGCGCUGAAAUACUUCAACAAGCAGGAUGCCAGAGAUCCCAAGGCAAUAAUGAAAAUAGAAACCCUCAAUGCCACCUUCCAGCCUGCCAAGAUUGGCAACCCCUGCGGACUGCAGAUCACCUACCUGAAAGACAACAGCACAAGGAACAUCUUUGUUUACCACAGCGACGCCAAGGAGAUGGUCGACUGGUUCAAUGCUAUCAGAGCGGCCAGGUUCCACUACCUGCAGGUUGCCUUCCCGGGAGCGAGUGACGAAGAGCUGGUGCCCAAACUGACCCGAAACUUUAUGAAGGAAGGCUUUAUGGAGAAAACGGGUCCAAAGCACACUGAGGGCUUCAAGAAGAGGUGGUUUACGAUGGAUGACAGGCGGCUCAUGUAUUUCAAAGACCCUCUGGAUGCCUACGCCCGUGGGGAGGUGUUCAUCGGCAGCAAGGAGAACAGCUACACUGUCCUGGCUGGCUUGCCGCCGUCCACACAGGGCUACCACUGGAACCACGGCAUUACCAUCGUCACGCCAGACAGGAAGUUCCUCUUUGCCUGUGAGACCGAGGCCGAGCAACAGGACUGGAUAGCCGCUUUCCAGAGGGUCAUAAAUCGACCAAUGAGGCCACAGGAGUACGCAGUGGAGGCCCAUUUCAAACACAAACCUUGAAGUCUGCUGGAAACCAAGCGCUCAACUGGACCAGCCCGGUCUCAUUCAGAUCAGAGACGGCCCCAGCGUGCGACCACUGACCAUGGCUAGAAGAGGCGGGGUGGGUCUUAUGGGUCACGAGGGGUUUUAGGGAUGGGCCGAGAUGGGAAAACACGAAGAAAGGAAAGGAAACACCGGCAGGACUCCAGUCUGUCUCGUGUAGGAAGCCUAAAACUCUAACGGGACUCGAGGCCCCUCAUGGGGUGAUCCAAGGCCAAAGGGUAGAUGAUGUCAUCACUAUUGCGCCUACCAACCUUGUGUUGUACAUUAUCACAUCAGAAACCCUUUCCUCUCCUCUCCUCAGCCAUGUGGACCCUUCCCCUUGCAACAAGCUCCUCUUCCCCCUCCCGCCCAGAAUUUUUUGUCUUGUGAAUGGUUCAUUCUGUCUGUAAUCUAAUGUAAUUAUGUAAUCUAGAGUCAUUUCACUGGUUGCUUAACAAAGACAAUGCAUUGUUAAUUUAUUGAAUGUACAGUUUUGAUGACAGUGGCUUAUUCUGUGUGCGUGCGACGUUUUUCAUUGAGGACACUGUGAGGUUGAACCUCCCGCACUAAAACCCUGGUAAACCUGAAAUCUGCAAAGUGCUGUUAACAACAAAUAUGCAUACGAAACACACAAACAUACACACAACAAUCUCUCAGUGAGCACCUCUGCUGUUUCAGCAGCACGAGGUGGCAUAUCUGCAUCCAGGCAGGGUUACCUUUCAAACCUCAAUCUGACAGAUGUUCUCUUAUUUAUUUGUACUGUUGAACAUACUGAGUCAUCGUAGACGGUUAUCGCUGCUUUCCAGGAUUGUAAUGUGACAGGAUUGUAAUUUAUAUGACACUUCUACAGACGUUUCAUUUACUCUUUGCAUCUUGUUUUAAAGACACAUGGUUGUGUUGAUCCUUAAAUCACAGUGAUAGUUUGUUUCAUUAUGAAAUCAAUACAAAUGAUCCUGAAAUGA